GCGCAAAACAAAACGCAAAUCGAAAAUAAAACGGAAAAUCGUACGCUCAAGUUGCAGUUCUUCAAUCGUCCCAACGAAUCGAAUCGAAUCUCAAAACUCAAGCAAAAUGAGCUGUGGAAUCUCUAUGGUUAAAUAUAUAUUAUUUAUAUUCAAUUUGCUCUGCUCGAUAUGCGGCAUCUUGUUAAUUGUAUUUGGAGCGUUGCUCUUCAGCAACAUUCACAACGUCGAUGAUUUUACCGAUGCGCUGCGCACCCAACAGGUGCCAAUAACAAUGAUUGUGCUGGGCACCGUUAUAUUGUUGAUCUCUUGGUUUGGCUGCUGUGGCGCCAUACGCGAAUCCUACUGCAUGUCCAUGACGUACUCGAUUCUGCUGUUUGUGCUGAUGAUUGGCCAGCUGGCUCUGGUUGUCUAUAUGUGGCUACAAAAGGACAAAUAUCUCGUGAUCAUGGGCGAUGUGGUGGAGAAGGCCUGGGAACGACGCACACGCCGUGCCGACUACAUGGAUGCUAUACAGAUUAGUAUGGAGUGCUGUGGCCGUAGCAGCUAUGCGGAUUAUGCCUUCCAGGGCUAUUUCCCGCCCUCGUGCUGCAAGGAUACCAACAAUUGUCGCCAGGAGACGGUCUAUCGUCGCGGCUGCAAGCAGGCAUUUGUCGAAUUCUGGGACAGAAACAGCGACAUUAUCAAGUACACCGGCCUGGUCAUCGCCGCCAUUGAGUUCGUGGGCUUCGUUUUUGCCUGCUGUUUGGCCAACAGCAUUCGGAACUAUCGGCGUCGAGCAGACUAUUAAUAGACUCCAGUAUUUCUGAGUCCCCGACUUUGAGGCCUUACUAAUUUUAAUGCAAA